CGACGACGACGACGUCACGAUGAACUUCCUGCUGCGCUUCGUGGUCUUCUGCCUGGACCCACUCGGCCUGGGGCGGCGUUUCUUUGUCCGCCCGGCCUUAAACCUCGGCUGGAACGUGUACGAUCGGGUGCGCAGCAAGGCGGACGAGAAGGUUGGCACCGUACGGGAGCUGGUCCUUCGCCUGGGCCUCAUCGCCUUCGCCGUGGUGCUCAUCAUCUGGCUGGCUGUCUUCAUGUACGCCGCCUUCUAUUACAUCUACAUGCCGGCCAUUUCGCACACACGACCCGUCCACAUGCAGUUCAAAACCUGCCUGGAGACGAGCACACCCUGCACCUUUCCGCAUGCCCACGUCUCGCUGACGAAGAAGCAACAGCUGCUGAUGGUGGGCCAGGCGUACAAGGUGAUCGUGAACAUAGAUAUGCCGGAAUCACCGCAGAACCUGGAGCUAGGCAUGUUUAUGGUAUGCGCCGAGAUGAGGGACUAUGAUUCGAUGCUGCGGGGUCACUCCUGUCGCUCGGCCAUGAUGCGCUACCGUUCGCCACUCAUCCGCAUGAUCUCGACGUGGGCGCUCAGUCCGCUGUAUGUGCUGGGCUGGAAGGAGGAGUUCCAGCAGGUGCCGGUAGAGAUAUUCUCGCGAUAUCUGGAGGAGCGUCAGCAUCCUAUCACCGAUGUCUAUGUGGAGAUACAGUCGCAGAAGAUACAGUUCUAUACGGUUACGCUGCAUAUUGUGGCUGAUUUUACCGGGCUGCGGUACAUCAUGUUCAACUGGCCCGUCCUGUCGGCCAUAGUGGCCAUUAGCACCAAUCUGUUCUUUAUACUGGUCAUCUUUCUGCUCAGCUGGUACCACUGGUCCGACGCCAGCUGGCUGCACAGCCUGCAAAUCAAGUACGCCCGUCUCACGAAUACGCUGCAGCCCGGCAGUGCCGCCGGCAGCGUGAUCCUCUCCAGCGCCAGCAGCCUGCGCGAUGACGAUCUGGUUGCAUAUGCGGACGACAAGUCCGAUAUAGCGGACGUGGGCGGUGAUCCGCUCAAUGAUACUUCGGAUGCCGAUGAUCUGGUGAUGGUAAAGUCCGGCAGCGGCGGAGGCAAGCCGCGUCAGCGUCAUGUCAAGAAGGCCACCGCCGAUCACUAGGCUAAGGAGGAUGAGCCGAGACCACCGCCCAUGUGACGCUUGAGCCAAAGACUAAGUAGGAUAGUAGGACUAAGUUUAGUGUAACUAAAACAGCAGCCCGCCCAACACACACACACAAUCGAAGUAUUCCAGCGGACUUGCCACUUAAAAUGCUCCAAAUCCUGUGCCAGAAGCCAGGAUUCUUUAUAUACUAUAUAUGGGAAGGAAUCGUCUAAGGAAAUUAAAGAGAGUGGAGUCAUAAUUCUAUUCCAUUUGAAAAGCAGCUUAAACAAGGUAAAUGAAUAAUUAAAUGUUGAAUCAUAGCCCUUAGAUAGAUUACACUUCCCAGGGUUUAGUUUGAACUUUAAAUGAACUCUAAGAAUAAAUUAAACUUAAUCGAUGAAGUUUA